CUCCUCCUUACAGAGAUAAGUUACGCACGCGAUGGCAGUACAGGCACGAGCCCUCUCCCGUUUUGCGUCUGCUCGGGUCGGGUGCAGCACCUCUACUUCUCACCUGUCUGCCAUUCAUGAUGAUCGAAUUAGCAAAUCAACACUCCAAGCCAAGAUCUGAAUUUCAGUUUUUAUUUCAAACGUCAGGGUGAAGAAAUGUUCAGUCUGAGAAUGGGAGAACUACCCAGUCCAUCCUUCCGGUCGCUGGAUAGAUUUUUUUGACACAGCUCGGUUGUAAAGGUUCUUUCCUGGCGGAAAGGGGGGGGGCGGGGGGCCAGAGGGGGAUAAAAGCCUGAGCAGAGCUGUCCCGCCCCCUGUCCUGUUCUCGUGAUGUCAUUCCGGGCGCUGCCCAGGUGCGGCGGGUGGAGGAAGGCGCUGUUGGCGGUGGCCCUCGUCUCCGCCGCGCUCUGCAUCGUCCGCAUGGCGGCGAAGCCCCCGCCGGACUACGGCUGGCUAGAGUUCGGGGACGGGGCGCCCGAGGACGCCUGCAACUGCACCAAGCUCCUGCUGCAGGACCCCGACGAAAUCGACCGGGCCAAGGUCCUGUCCAUCACGGUCAGCUUCCGGGCCCAGACCAAGGUGACGGACGCCCAGUUCAUGGAGCUGGCGGGAGACUGCGAGCGGUUCCGCCUCCUGCGCAAGUACGCGCCGUUCCCGCUGAGCCGCGAGGAGGCCCGGUUCCCCAUCGCGUACUCCAUCGUGGUCCACCACAAGAUCCAGACCUUCGAGAGGCUGCUGAGGGCCGUCUACGCGCCCCAGAACCUGUACUGCGUCCACGUGGACCGCAAGGCGCCGUCCACCUUCCUCUCGGCCGUGCGGCAGAUCGCCUCCUGCUUCGACAACGUCUUCAUCGCCAGCCGCCUGGAGAGCGUGGUGUACGCCAGCUGGAGCCGGGUGCAGGCCGACCUCAACUGCAUGGGCGACCUGUACAACCACAGCGCCCCCUGGAGGUACUUCGUCAACCUGUGCGGCCAGGACUUCCCGCUGAAGACCAACCUGGAGAUGGUGCGCCAGCUGAGGGCCCUGCAGGGGAAGAACAGCCUGGAGACGGAGAAGACGCCGCCCUCCAAGGAGGCGCGGUGGAAGAAGCGGUACGAGGUGGCGGACGGCGCCAUCCGGAGGACGGAGAAGGACAAGGCCCCGCCUCCCGUCGAGACGCCGAUGUUCGCGGGCGGGGCCUACAUCGUGGUCAGCCGGGCGUUCGUCCGCUUCGUGCUGGAGGACCCCAGGGCGCGGCGGCUGAUGGAGUGGGCGCAGGACGGCUACAGCCCCGACGAGUUCCUGUGGGCCACGCUGCAGAGGAUGCCCGGCGCGCCCGGGUCCAUACCCAGCAACCACCGCUACGACGUGACGGACGUCAACGCCCUCGCCCGGCUGGUGAAGUGGCAGUACUUUGAGGGGGCGGAGUCGAAGGGCGCCAUGUACCCGCCUUGCAGGGGCCACCACGUGCGAUCCAUCUGCGUCUACGGCGUCGGCGACCUGGGCUGGAUGCUGCAGAAGCCGCAGCUCUUCGCCAACAAGUUCGACACCGACACCGACCCCAUCGCCGUGCACUGCCUGGAGAAGUAUUUGCGGACCAAGGCCCUCAAGGAAAUGACCGCCUCGCCCAGCUCCCAGUCCGUAAUAUCGCUUUAACAUCACGCCCCCCAGCCUAGCAUUAGCGUCACGUUCCCCAGCGUUAGCACGUUAGCACGUUAGCGCAGCGCUAGCCUCAUGCCCAGACUCGGCUCUUAUACUGUACGUGUGCUGUUUUAAUUAGCCUUGGCGUAGCUGGUUUAGCAGGUGCUCACAGUGCUGGUCUCGCAGGAGGAUGUGGCGGCAGCUGACUUCGCAGUGCGACGGGGCUGCGGUCACAUCGCUGCGCCUGCGUUUCCUCUGACCCAAUUUAGGUGCCUACAGCAACCCAAUAUGGCCGUGUGGUAAUCAACCCAAGCAUAGUUUUUCACGAGGCCAAAUUUACAGGGCCAGGCAUGAAGAAAUCUGGUGGGGUGAAAGCUUGAGUUGCCGCAGGAUAUUUACAAAAGUUAGCCAGCUAACGUCUGAAUCCCUCUUUCUGAAAUGCCUCCUAGGUGUUUGUGUUUGCCUCUAUCAGGUGCUUGUAGAGCGUCUGGGGAUUUACUAAGGCAGAUUAUUACUUUUCUGUUCUGGUUCUUCGUCCUGCAAGGGUGAAUAAAACAGACUCUGUCCGGUCUGGAGUGGUACUGGGUUUGUACCGGUAUCCAAUCACCAUGUGUGCUGAAUGCUCUCUGUGUUAUUAUGUCAUCAAAAAUUUUGAUUUGUUCUCAGCUAUUCUUUCCAUUUGCAAAAUGACUGAAGUUCUUAAGGUAUGAUUUCACUGCCCCUUCCGAACAAUUCUAAUACAAAUGGAUCAGUAAAAAUGUCUGUCGAAAAUGUCUGCUCAACACUUUUCUACUAUUUAUUACCUUCGCUAAUGUGUGGUGAGCGUUCUGGCGCAAAUUGGCUGCCGUGCAUCACCCAGGUGGGUGCUACACAUUGGUGGUGGGUGAGGUGAGUUCCCCUUCACUGUAAAGCACUUUGAGCAUUUGGAAAAGUGCUAUAUAAAUGUAAUUAAUAAUAAUAAUAAUAUUAAUUUUUCUGCCUUUCACUUGUCUUUGACUGCUGAUUGUUUUUUUUUUGUAAAUAGUAAAUAAAUAAGAACAUACCAAAAAAGUGGCACCUGUCA